GUGUAGAAACGAUAGAGUUGCAGGUAUAGAAACGAUGCAAGUCUCUGCUGGAGUGCGAAUUCCGACAUGGUUCUCUCCCCGGAGACUCUUGGAGGAGAAGCUCUGCACCCUCCACCGCUGCUCCAACCUCGACCUCGUCAAGCAAAUCCAUGCCCAACUUCUCAAAGCUCAUCUUCACCAAGACCUCUACGUUGCUCCCAAGCUCAUCGCCGCUUUCUCCCUCUGCCGCCACAUCUCCUCCGCCGUCAACGUCUUCAACCAAGUCCCCUACCCAAAUGUCCACCUCUACAACUCCCUCAUCAGAGCACACGCUCUCAAUGGCUCUCAUCCUUCGCUUACCUUCUCCACCUUCUUCCACAUGCAGAGGGAAGGGGUGUACCCUGAUAAUUUCACCUACCCUUUUCUUCUCAAGGCUUGUACUGGCCCUUCCUCGCUGCCGCUGGUCCAAAUGAUUCAUGCCCAUGUCGAGAAAUUUGGUUUUUAUGAGGAUAUCUUUGUGCCCAAUUCGUUGAUUGAUUCUUACUCUAGGUGUGGUGGGGUUGGGAUUGAUGGGGCGAUGAGGUUGUUUUCGGCGAUGGAGGAACGGGAUGCGGUGACUUGGAACUCUAUGAUUGGUGGGUUGGUUAGGGGUGGUGAUUUGGAUGGUGCUUUCAAGCUGUUUGAUGAAAUGCCUGAGAGAGAUAUGGUUAGUUGGAACACCAUGUUGGAUGGGUAUGCCAAGGCGGGAGAGAUGAAUAAGGCUUUUGAGCUGUUUGAUAGAAUGCCGCAGUGGAAUAUUAUCUCUUGGUCGACGAUGGUUUGUGGGUAUAGUAGAGCUGGUGAUAUGGAUAUGGCAAGGAUGUUGUUUGAUAAGUGUCCUGAGAAAAAUUUGGUGCUUUGGACAACUAUCAUAUCUGGGUAUGCUGAGAAGGGGUUCAUGAAGGAGGCGACGGUGUUGUAUGAUAAAAUGGAGGAAGCUGGGUUGAAGCCAGAUGAUGGGGUUUUGAUAAGUAUUUUGACUGCGUGUGCUGAGUCUGGAAUGCUCGGGUUGGGGAAGAAGAUUCAUGCCUCCGUUCAGAGGUGUAGGUUUAGAUGUAGCACUAAGGUUUUAAACGCGUUCAUAGAUAUGUAUGCAAAGUGCGGUUGUUUGGACGCUGCCUUUGGCAUCUUCAGUAAAAUGACGGGAAAGAAAGAUCUGGUCUCUUGGAAUUCCAUGAUCCAUGGGUUUGGUGUGCAUGGACAGGGUGAGAAAGCACUUGAGCUUUUCUCUAGUAUGGUACAUGAAGGUUUUGAGCCAGAUAAAUAUACAUUCAUUGGGCUUUUAUGUGCUUGCACCCAUGCAGGCCUUGUUGAUAAAGGGCGUAAUUACUUUAAUUCAAUGGAAAAAGUAUAUGGGAUUGUUCCUCAAAUUGAGCAUUAUGGUUGCAUGAUAGACCUUCUCAGCCGUGGAGGGCAUCUAGAAGAAGCUUUUGAGCUCCUGCGCAGCAUGCCUGUGGAACCGAAUGCCAUUGUAGUGGGUACUCUUUUGGGUGCUUGUCGAAUGCAUAAUGAUGUAGAACUUGCAAGAGCCUUAAGUGAGCACCUUUUCAAAUUGGUGCCCUCAGAUCCUGGAAAUUUCUCCCUUCUUUCAAAUAUUUAUGCUCAAGCAGGGGAUUGGAUGAAUGUUGCCAGUGUAAGGUUACAAAUGAAGAACGCAGGAGGUCAAAAGCCUUCUGGGGCUAGUUCCAUAGAGGUGGAAGAAGAAGUACAUGAGUUCACUGUAUUUGAUCAUUCACACCCUAAAUCAGACGAUAUAUAUCAGAUGAUUGGCAGAUUGGUACAUGAUCUUAGGCAGGUUGGAUAUGUUCCAGGGAUAUAUCAAUAGACAUGAAUAUGAUAAUUUAAUUGUACACAUUUUUGGUUUACUAAAUGUAAAGAAAUCAUCAUAUUCAUUGAUACCACCAGUUUAACAAAGCAAAGUUUGUAUGCAUGGAACUGAUCCUAUGCUUACAGUGCAAGCAUCCUAAGUUCCUUCCAGUGCUGGCAGGAGCAGUUUGUAAGGCCAAACAUUUUGUAAAGAGAAAAAGCUCAGAGAUUAUUCUUUUCUACCACUUUUUAAGAAGAAGCUCUGCUUCACAUAUAUUGGUGGUUGUUGGAACCAAUCCAGCCUAUGUAUUCUUACUUCGGAAUAGGUUUAUUACCACUUGCCAGAGCUAUUUGCUUUGUCUAGAAUCUGCACGCUCCUCAGUUUAAAUUCCACUUGUGUUUCUCAGUGUUAACUUCUUUCAUAUCAGCAGAUUACUAAUUUUAUGAAUUGUGACUGUGGGAGCCUCCAUUUCAGAUGCUCGCAUGGAGUUAGGUAGUUUAGCGUGUGCAUUCUUGUGGUUGUUGAGAAUACUUUUCAGUCUUUCAUCUUCGUCUCACUCAAGACUGUAAGAACUCCAAAGUCCUCUUUUUCUGUGUUAAAUCUUCAUGAAUGCAAUGAUUCUUUUCCUUCA